UGUGAUUUCCACCUAUUACCAUUCCUGAGCUAAUGAGAACCUCGCCUUCGCCUCACCGACGACCACUUCGGAGCAGCCUUCUUUUGUCGACGCGUCUCAUCAUGCCUCUGAGUCCGCGCACCCGACAGAGCCCAUGGCUCGUAGCAGAAUCCGGCCUGCUUCCUCCUCAAUCUCGCCGAGGGAGCUUGCCGGUGCUACGAGACCGGAGCACGGGUGCCCUGCCGUCGAAGGCGACCUACCUUGAAGUGGGGAUCUCGUGCAAGUCUCCAACCUUCCUAUUCCUCGCGAUCGAACGCGCUCAUCUGACCUCGCGAUGCAGCUGCUGACGAGGCGGCGUGCUGCAAUUGGCGCGCGCUGCUCGCGUAUUCCGCGCCUUGACAGGGGGGCAUUCCGUCAUCGAUGCGACUCGCAACAGC